AUGGAAAAUAAGUUAUAGGCUAAUUCUACUGCAGCCCCAACUUAACUCAGCUAAUCUGCUACUCAUGAUAAUGUAUUUUAAUCAUUUAGAGUUGAUUACAGUUAUUAUAGAAUGACAAGAAGUAUAAUCGCAAGACCAAAUGCUAGAAAAUAGAAAAAACAUUCAGAAAACUGGAUUGGUUUGGGUAACCUAGCUAAUAUUCUUAUAAACUAGUAUUCUCCAUAAACUACUAAAACAUCUUUGAUUCAAGAUUACAGUAAUGCAGGGAUAUUCAGACCUCAAAAUUAUUUUUUCGAUUUCGCAUUUUAGUUGAACAACAAAACUUUAGAUCCUAACUACGGCUAUCUCUAAGUAAACUAAGUCAUAUACUAUUUAAGUGAUGAACUAUUGGAGGAUGGAUCACGUAAGAGAAAGAAAUAGAUAUUACCAUUAAACUUUGUAUUCUGCCAAGAAACACUUUUUAACUAUACAAAAAAAUAGGAAUUACUUGCUCUAGGAAUAAAUGAGUAUUUCUGCUUGCAAGAAGAUCAAGAUUAUAGAUUGCAAGGAGGGUACUACUAAGAAAUUUAUGAAUACUUAGAGAUUAAAUUAUUUAAAUGCUAAAACAAGACACUUAAUGAUAGUUGCUACCCAAUUGAAAUGAUUGAUGAAUACUUCCAAGAUGAAGAGCUGAAUUUUGCAUUUACGAAUACAUAUUUUGAUUAUAGAAAUUCCUCUAAUAAGUCAAAAAAUAAGGUGUUCAUUGAUGAUUCCUUUUACUUAGAAAUAGAAUCUACGAGAAAUAAAAAAGCUAAUUUUUAUAUCCAAAAAUAAGAGGCUAGCUAUCAAGAUGACUAUAUACAAUUUGGACAGGAAAGAAAUGAGCAUUUUUUUUAAGUCUAGAAUAUACAACGUUUUGAUGAUAAUUAUUCUCCAUAAUCUGGAAUAUUAGCAGCUGUUUACAUUCGAUUUGACAAUAGAUAUGACAUCUAUCAAAUUAAGAAUUACGCCAUUCUAGAAUUUUUAGGAGAUAUUGGAGGACUAUAUGGUGCAUUAUCUGUUAUCGGUAUAAUUCUUAGUCUGAUGUAUAGAGGGAAAAGAGGAUUAAAGAUCCAAAGAAUAAAAAAAAUUAAAGAAAGUUUACUAUUAGGUAAUAUUACCGAAAUUCCUCUUAAGAUGUGA